AUGAUGAAUGAACAUAUUGAUGAUGAUGAUGAUGAUGAUGAAGGUGUAAUAUUCGAUCGAAAAACUUUAAAUCUUAAAGCAAAUAAAACAUUAAAUACUUCAAAUCCAACACCUUUUAAUCCUAGUCAAAUUAAUAUCGGAGUUUACAAUGAGUCUAAUAAAUUAUCAAAAGAUAAAACAAUUCUUUUGGCUAUUACUUGUAUAUCUAUGGGUAUGUUUACUGGUUUAUUGGGACCAACAUUACCAUAUCUAGCACAAAAUAUGUCUACUAAAUUAUCAUCAAUUAUAUGGCUUAUUGUUGUAAAAGGUAUUGGUUUUCUUAUUGGAACUUGUUUAAGUUCAUAUCUUUAUACAUAUUUUGAUGUUUGUUCACUUCCAUUUAUAACUGAUUUAACAGCAUUCUAUUUAACUACACUUACACUUGGUAUCAGUUUAGGUUUAUCAUAUAAUGGUAUUGAUGCACUUUAUAAUUGUGUAUGGACUCGACCAUCAAUAUCAUCUAUUCGUUGGUUACAUUUAUUAGUUGCUUUAGGUGCAAUUCUUUCAACAUUAAUGUUACUUUCAUCAACAUUUUCAAUUGAUAAUAAUAUUUCAUUAAUUACUCAAUCAUUUCAUACUAAGACACCAUAUGUACAAAUAAAACAAACAACUUCAAAAUCUACUUGUAUUAAAUCUUAUUGUUGUUUUUAUGAGAAUAAUCGAAAUAAUACAUUUAUUUGUCAAAAAAAUAAUAAUAAAAAUCAAUCAAAUGAUUGUAAAAAUAUUUUUUCAUUAUGUAAAAAUUUAAAUUCAAAUAUUUGUUACAUGGAUAAAAAUGAUAUAUGGUGUCAAAUUGAUCAAAUAUGUACAAAUGAAAUAAUAUCAAAUUGUUCUAUAGAAUUAAUUGAUACAGCUAUUAAUGUAAAUAAUUUUACAACAAUAAAUACUACUAAUCUACUUUUAACAUCAAAUACUACAAUAAAUAUAAGCACUACUGUUUCUGUGACUAACAAUAUUCAAACAACAGUCGUUAAUACUUCUUCAACUAUAAUUCCGACAUCAGCUAGUCAUCGUAAUAAACCUUCAAUGGCUGAAUCAGAUAAUGAUGAUCUUUCACAGAAUUUCUUUUAUGUAAAAAUUCGUUCAUUUAUUCAUUCAAUAACAUCAAUUGAUUUACUUUAUUUAUUUAUAUCAGUAAUAUUUUUUUUAUUGGGUAUUUUCUAUUCAAUAUUAGCAAUACAAGAUGAAAAAAAUAAGAAUUUAUCUUCAUUAAUAAAUCUCAAUCCAUUAUCAUUAUUAUUUCUUCAACCUCAUCGAAUAAUAAAUAAUUCAAAUAAACAAAUCUCAUUAUUAUUUGAUCGUUCAUUAUUUAAAUUUAUUUUUUUUCUUAUAUUAUUCUAUUUUAUUUUAUCAGGUAUUGAAUAUUCAUGUAUUUAUUUAACAUAUUUAUUUGGUAGAAAAUUUCAAUUAUCAGAAAAAAAAAGUUUAUUAUUACAAUUUUUUUAUUUAUUUGGUCGUUUAAUUGAUAUAUUAGUUAAUUAUAUUUGGUUUUUAUUAAAUAAACAUUUUAAAAUAAAAUCAGAUUUUAUUUCAAUAAAAUUUUUAAUAUUUAUUCGUCUUAUUAUUUUAACUGUGAUUUGUUUAUCAAAUUUAUUUCAACAAAUAUAUUAUUUAUUAUUUUUUUCAAUUGGAUUUUUUCUAACAUCAUUAUCAAGUUUAAUAUUAUAUUGGAUUGAACGUGAUUUAAGUUUAAAUGAUUUACUUCUUCGAAUUAUAUUAUUUACAAUAAUAAUCAGUGAAAUAAUCUUUCCUAUAUUUAUCUUUUAUAAAAUUGAAUAUUUUGUUCAAUUUUAUUUAUUAAUUGGUUUAUGUUUAUUGAUUAUUUUCUUUAUGAUAAUUUUAUAUUUAAGUAAAAAAUGGCAAAGAAAUAGAUUAUAUCGUUUAUUACCAGCAUCAAUGGAAUUAGAAGAGAAUUCGGAUAAUGAAAUAUCUAAUAAUUAG